ACAAAACAAUUAACGUGCUCUUACCGAUUUUCUUAUACUCUAUUAUAGCAUUGUCGCAACAAUAAAAGGUUGCAUUUUCAAAUUUAAUCGAGAGUUUUGCAUCAUAUGAAAGGGAUGACGUGGUAAUAGGUUAGGUUGAAAGCAAGGUGUCGCGAGUGUUCAACGCAUCAUUCAAUGUUGAGAUUUUUAUUUUGUAAAUGUAUAAAUUUUGUUAGAAUUAUUACAAUAUUGUAAAUAUGUUCGAAAUCACGGACACACAAAAAAUCGGCGUAGGACUUGCUGGUUUUGGAAUAGCUUUUCUAUUUCUUGGAGUUCUACUCCUGUUUGACAAAGCACUUCUUGCUUUAGGCAAUAUCUUGUUCAUAGCUGGUUUAGGAUGUGUUAUUGGUCCACGAAGAACACUUAGUUUCUUCUUUCAAAGACACAAAAUAAGAGCUACUGUUGCGUUUAUAGGUGGAAUAAUAGUUGUAAUGAUGGGCUGGCCCAUUGUUGGCAUGAUUUUUGAGACAUAUGGCUUCGUUCUUCUCUUCAGUGGCUUCCUGCCAGUUGCAAUCAACUUCCUUAGAAGAGUACCUAUCCUUGGUACAUUCUUAAACAUGCCAGGCAUCAGUUUGAUUCUUGAUCGGCUGGCAGGCGACUCGAAUAGGACAAGAGUAUGAUGACAUUGUUAACAUUGACCCUUCAUUGUGCCACUAUACAAUUGUAUAUAUAUAUUCAUUCAUUAAGAAUUUGUAUCAUCAGACUUGUCAUUCCGCGUUUUUCUAUAGGCGAGUUUAAUGUUAUUAAUUACAUGUAAAUUUUGUGAACAAAAAAAAAAGUUAUUAUCUACAGUGACAUGCACAAUUUUCUUAGGUUAAUAAGUGUUAUUAAUUGAAGUGCAUGUAAGCUGGUUCUUAACGUGAACAUUUUGUAUAUAAUUAUGUACUUUCAUAUGUUAUAGUUAUAGUGGAAAAGAUGUCUUCAUUCCAAAGUAAUUUUCUUCAAUCAUUUUUUUUAAUAUUGGCAAUUAAGAAAUGUUUACUGCCUUUAAUGAAAUAAAAUAUUAUUUGUAAAAGAAUGGACUGUAAAGUGGGAAUAAAAAUAGGCUUUUCUUAUAAACUAUGUGGAAAAUGUGUAUUCAAAAAUUUUCCAUGAUUCUAAAAUACUUGAAUUUUAUAAAAUAUAUAAUUUUUGUUGUUUUAGGACUAGUAAUAUUUCCGGCGCUAUGUUCCUGCAUUAACAUUAAACUAACUUUACUUAAUCAAAUUUGUUUUUAUUUUAAUUUCAAAUUUGGCAUCAUAUCGUUACACUAAUUAAAAUGAUGUCACCGUAAUGUACUCUAUUGAUGAUCUUGAUCUUUAACUUACAGAUCAUAGAUAAUUAUAAUAUCAAUAUCUAACCACUUAAUUAGCUUUAUAAAUUUAUAAUUAAAAAAUUUUCAAUGUUAAUGGAUUUCAUUUUUAAACCGUGCAGACCUUUACAAAAAGGCAAAAUACAAAAAUAAAGUUGAAAACAUUAUUUUUAUUUGCAAGAAAAUUCCAGUAUUAUAAAUAGCAGCAUGACAAUAUAUAUAAAGAAAAGAUAGAAAAAAAUAAUUUCAAAAUGAAGAACAAACACAGACAAGUCGAGAUUUUUUUGGUUUCGAUUUUUAUUGAUUUGUCUUCCCUGCACACAUCCUAACAUGAACAGAUUAGAUGUAUGCAUUAUUCACAGAGUUACACGCUUCUCCAUUCGUAAUAUAUUACACGUAGAAUCGUAUCUCUGCGUAAUAUGGGUGCGAAAAUUUAAAUAAAAUCCUUUCAGAAACUUAUUCAUCCGCAGAUUUUGUUUGCCACUGAUUAAUCCGUUUGUUAUUUUUCAAAUAAUUCCAGCUUUGUUUAAUUAAACGUUUCUUGACAAAGAAAAAAUUGCUUUACUUCAAAGUUUUUUUAAGUUUCAUUUUAAUUAUCUACAAUGGGCCGAGAGAAAUGUUCUUUCUCAGUUAAGGGCGGGGGGCGGCCCACGUCUACGCGCCCCGCCAUCGCCGUUCCGUUGAUGUUUAUUUUUCUCCAGAGAGAAAAAAUUUGUUGAUUAUUUGUUUAAUGAUCUUGCGUCGCGCCUUUAUUUUGAGUUAUUCUGUUGACUCUCUCUCGCAUUUGAACUUUUUUGCUUAUUAAACAUUUACAGCGACUCUCGACUUGAGCUUGCACGAGCGAUGACGUUACCCCAUUACGUUAUAAUUAAUUGUAAUUAAACAACACAAAAUAAUUCAACUAAGUGCAGAGUUUAACGCGCGCGGCGCGCAUUUACACAUCGCAAAAGUAAACAGUGUGGUUUCGCUAAAAAGAGUAAGGGGAAAGAAGGAAGAUUGGGAAAUCGACUUCAUUCCACCCGACCCUUUUGUUUCACGCACACUUGGUUCUUAUUUUUACAUAUAAUUAUAUUCAUCCUAGCAUCAUGCGCACGUUUAACGUGAGUGUGUCCUCGAAUUCAAUUAAAUUACACGAACGGUCGGCAAGGAGAAGAAAAUGAUGGUAGCGCAGAAUGAGUGAAUACUGAAUCCGGUAUGUAAAUAAAAUUUGAUGUGUUUCUUUUACACAGCUAUUCCGCGACUACCGAAUCGUAUGGAAAAUAAACAUUUAUAUCUCACUCGCGUGCCCCGCUUUUAAUAUUAUCUGCGUGAGAGUUUUCUUUCGAAUUGUCGAGUCGAGCGUGUACAGUGAUCAAUUUUGAAGGUCUCGUUAAGAUUUGUAUUGAUCUUGAUGACAUUAUUACUUUUUUAACGUUUUUUUUUCUUUUUCUUUUAUACCGGAAACAUGAAAUGAAAGGGUGGAUAUGAGAGUUGUUUAAAUAACGGAGUGUAUGGCUAGUAGUUGAGUGGAACGAUUAUUCUUUUUUUGUCAACGUUUUUCCAUCGAAAUUUUUUUUAUAUAAGAUUUAACGGUUUUUUUAUGGUAAUGACAUGAAGACCGUUUGGUGGUUUAGUUAUUCUCGAAAUAAACGCCAUUAAUAACGUUGUUGUUGUGAUGGAUUCUAAAAAUUUUGGUAGCUGUUAACAUAGGUUCUUGUCCGAGUUUUGAUCUUGGAUUGUUGUAGUCGGGUAAAGGUAAGAUGAUGAUAAGAUGUUUAAAGAAGUUUCUUGAUCUCGUCGUAGAGUACAAGUACGAGUG